AAGAUUUGAUGUACUUUGACAGCGGCUUGUCUCCUGUCUCUGCCUACGGUCUCUGCACUUUACAGCUACCUGAUGAAUGGUCAGGGCAAUCACACCACUCCAAUGAGGGUGUUGGUGACAGGAGGGUCUGGCUUGGUGGGCAGGGCCAUACAGCAUGUGGUCAAAGAGGAGAGGGGAGCCAAGGAUGGGGAAGAAUGGAUAUUCCUCUCCUCGAAAGAUGCCAACCUCAUGAACAUGGAGGAGACACGGGCAGUAUUUGAGAAACAUCGGCCAACUCAUGUCAUCCAUCUGGCUGCUAUGGUUGGAGGGCUUUUCAAGAAUAUGAAGUACAACCUGGAUUUUUGGAGGAACAAUAUCUACAUCAAUGACAACGUGCUGCAGGCAGCACAUGAAGUGGGUGCCGUGAAGGUGGUGUCAUGCCUGUCCACCUGCAUCUUUCCAGAUAAGACCACCUAUCCUAUCGACGAGACCAUGAUCCAUAAUGGUCCACCUCAUGAGUCAAACUUUGGCUAUGCCUACGCAAAGAGAAUGAUUGAUGUUCACAACAGGGCGUAUCUCCAGCAGCACGGGCGCUGUUAUACAGCUGUGAUUCCCACCAAUGUGUUUGGUCCUCAUGACAACUUCAGCAUUGAGGAUGGUCACGUGCUGCCAGGCCUCAUCCACAAAGCUUACAUCGCUCAAAAGGAAGGGAAGCCCUUGGUGGUCUGGGGCUCUGGCACUCCCAGAAGGCAGUUCAUUUACUCUUUGGACUUGGCUCGUCUCUUCCUGUGGGUGCUGAGAGAGUAUCCAGAGGUUGAUCCAAUCAUUCUCUCUGUUGGAGAGGAAGACGAAGUGUCCAUCAAAGAAGCAGCAGAAGCAGUUGUCCAGGCUUUGGGCUUCAAUGGAGAAGUUGUAUAUGAUACCAGUAAAGCAGAUGGCCAAUUCAAAAAGACGGCCAGCAAUGCAAAGCUGUGCCACUACCUGCCAGACUUCACCUUCACGCCCUUCAAACAAGCUUUAAAGGAAACCUGUGAUUGGUUUGUUGCCAAUUAUGACACCGCACGCAAGUGAAAACGCACAACUCACUGCUUCAAGUCGGCACAAAGUCUACUGAUGGAAGAGAAGAUGAAUAGGGGAGAUCAUGGUGAUGCCAGAGAGAGAGUGGGCGAGAGUGGGCUAGAAGAAAACAGGGUGUUCUGUUACUCCGGUCUUUGCACUCAGUGAGCUGGACUUGGUGUCGCACCUUAAACCCAUGUCUGCAGCACCAUACCGUUUUAUGUUGCUGCAGACUUUUUUCUCUUUAGGUAUAAUAAGCAUUUUCCUGUACUUGUAGGCAUCAUAUUCUACUACCUGUAUGUAGAAUUUCCAGAGUCUUAUACACUAUGGUAGUGUUAAUCAUUUUGUUAAUUGGCUGCUUCAAUCUUGGAAUCCAGGUGCUGGUGCUAAUUUCAGUAACUGUCUAAUUUAGUGUAAACCUUUUUCAGCAAUACAAAUUGUAUUACUGAAUUACUUUUAUUAUUGAGGGGUUUUGCAUUUUGGAAGUUAAACGACUCUGCCUUGAUUCACUUUAUUUAAAUGUCCACGAUGGCGGUUAUGGUGUGUGCUGUUUAAUUGGUGACUAGGUUUUUUUAUUCAGUAUGCUGGCACUGAACGAAAUAAAUAUUUUAUACCGUUUUUGA